AUGUUCGUUCAUGGGUUGGGAGGCAAUUCAAGAAAGACAUGGAGCAAGUCGUUCGCAGACCAGCUUCACUACUGGCCCGAGGAUCGGCUCUCCCAGGACCCAGCAUUCAGAAAUGUCCGUAUCCAUAGCUAUGGAUAUGUCUCGUACUAUUUGAAGGGUAAGGAGGAUUGCUUGAAUGUUCAUCACAUUGGCAAGUCAUUCCUAGGUGCGGUUAGCAUUGCGCCAUGUAUUGCUAAUUCCAAGACCUACAUUAUCGUUAUCGGCCACAGCAUGGGUGGACUGGUAAUGAAGAAAGCGUACAUCCUGGCGAAGCAAGAUACAGAACACCAAACUCUGGCUGGACGUUUUGCCGCUUUCUAUUUCCUCGCUACGCCACAUAGUGGUGCCAACUCAGCAAAGAUGCUCAAGAACCUGCUCAAGAUCGCGUACGACCGUGCCUAUGUUGGCGACCUAGAGCCGAACUCUGAAGCAGUUCAAUUCAGCUCACUUAUUGUCGAUCCUGAAUCAGCCGUCCUUGGAUACCGUGGGGAGAAGCAAAUACAAACUGCUGACCAUUGUUCAAUAUGCGAGUUCGACACACCUCAGGAUUCUAAUUACACACUCCUAAGAGACUCACUUGCCUCGACAGUGACCAAGAUCACUACGGCAUUUCCGGAGAAGAGGCAUGAAAUGAUCAAGAACCUCAAGAAUUACCUACAAGUUUUCGAUAUGUUGGACGAUGAUCUAGCAAACGUUUGCGAAUCUCGGAUGCCUGGAUCGCGCGAGUGGAUUUCGAACAAAGACAAUUACAUCAAAUGGAGGGACGGUGAAGAAGGUGAUGGCAAAGCGUUAUGGAUCAAAGGCAGGUCCGCAACUGGGAAAUCCAUCCUGGCUGGUUACGUUGUCGAUCAGCUCAGGGAGUCUGGCCAGACUUGCAGCUACUUCUUCUUCAAACACGGAGACAGGUCCAAGGCUUAUCUGGGCCGUUGUCUCCGGCGUCUGGCCUUUCAGAUGGUGGUAUCGAACGCUGAGGCUAGUGAUACCAUUCUAAAGAUGCAGACGGAUGGUAUUUCUUUCGACGGCAUCGACGAACGCACGCUCUGGAGGGUCCUGUUUCUUUCUGGUAUUUUCAGGGUUCCCAUGGCUCGGCAAUACUGGGUCAUCGAUACGUUGAUUGAGUGCUCAAACCCUCUGGUGCUUUUGCAGGCCACUCUUUCCACCAUGGACGAGUCCACACCACGAAUCCUAGUCACUAGUCGAGACACGGUCGAGUUAGAUCAAGGUGUCGUGGUCAUCCCACCAAACAUGGUCCAGAUUCUGCCAGUAACGAUAAUGGAUACAAUCAGAUCUCAGACUCUUGAUCGAAAGUCGGAGCCAGGCCUUGGCAAUAGCUAG